UUUCCAAAGCUCUUCAUCCCGAUGAUUUGUGCCUCCAGAAGGCGAAGUGACUUCCACGAGAAGAUAGUUCCUCUCUGAGCUCCACAGAUCACCUGUGCCGCGCGGCUCAGGAGAGCAAUUUAUAUGAAGGAAAAUUCAGUUUCCAUCUCAAUCCGAGGUGCAAGCUGCAGGUAGGAUUUAUGACAAGAGGACAUAAAUACUAAAGGAACAUCCCCCUGCCCGUUAUUUGACGUCUGGACCUUAUGAGAUGCGCCGCGCAUGGAUCUACACUGAAGUUAUUGGAUUUUUCACUGGAUGCAGGUGGGAGAUUAAUCUGACAGAUGCGCCACAUCCUCAUCAGACUAUGAUUAUUUUGGGGAAUUUCUGACAUGGCAAGGAUACUAUCCAUCCACGCGAAGAUCAUGCUUUUCAAACUACUGGUAUUUAUUAUUUUACAAGGUGUGUUGACGUGCGAUGCCUUGGUGAAACCGGAGGGCAUCAGCUUCGGAGGUGUCCCGCACUCCCGCACGGGGUCCGUCGGCUCCGGGACACCCGAGGCUGCGGUGCCCAAGUCCAGAGCCAAGCGCUGCACCUGCUACUCCUACAGGGAUAAAGAGUGCGUGUACUACUGCCACCUGGAUAUCAUCUGGAUCAACACCCCCGAACGCACUGUGCCCUAUGGAAUGUCGAGCUACCAAGGCGCUCAGAGAAUCAAACGGGCAGUUGUUGGACGACCAACAGAACGUCAGGGGGCAAAGACUCAGCGUUGCUUCUGUGUGCUGGACUCAGACCCCAAGUGCCAGGAUUUCUGUCUGUGAAGCCCACUGCAGACAGUGCCAGCCAGGAGUCAGGACCGACUUGCCGGCCCUUGAUGACAGUUGGAAGCCUUUCUGACCUAUUCUCUUCAUCUCCAGGGCAACGGACACUUAAAUCCUAUUCGGCCCCUUCA